GUGUUCCACCGUUCGAACAGCGAGCUGUCAGAUUGGAAAUAUGAAAAUCAUUUACGAGUGCAAAUUCUGACCCAAACUGCGGGACAAAUAAAAUUGCGUUUCACCGAGUCACCAAUAGCGAUAUUUUCCCCGCGGAAGAGCAUUAUUUCCAGCUAGCGCGAUAAAGGAACAAUAAACUCCGGAGCAGCACCAUGAAGAUCACCAUCAAAACAUUGAAGCAGGAGGCGUUCCACAUCGAGGUGGACGUCGAGAAGGACACGGUCAAGUCGCUGAAGGAGAAGUUCUUCCAGGUAAGCAAACAGGACUACCCGGUCGAGCGGCAACGGUUGAUCUACCUGGGCAAAAUCAUGGAAGACGAACAGCCGCUCAGCCACUACAACCUGGACGAUAAGAAGUUUGUUGUGGUUAUGAACAAGAAGCCCACGACGGCUCCGGCAGAACCGGCUGCUGCAGCGGCAUCCAGCUCCAGUACGGCGGCGACGCCCGCAGCGGCCAGUGCCGAAAAGGCAACGACAGUCAAGAGCGAUUCCCAGCCGGCUGCCGCGGCUACGGCAACGGCUAGUACUGCUGCUGCCGCCACGAAAGCAACCGAAGAGAAGCCCAAGGAAGAGGAGAAACCGAAGGAGGACAAAAAACCGGAGGAACCUCCCCAGGAUGAUAUCCAGAUCAAGAUUCAGCGGAUAACGGAGAUGGGCUACUCGGAGGAGGAGGCCCGCAUCGCGCUGGAGAUCUGCGACAACAAUCCGGACCGGGCCGUCGAGUAUCUGCUGUCGGAGAUUGCGACCAGUUCGAUGGGAACGGGAGGUGGAGGUGGCGGCGGUGGUGGCAGUGGUGCCCUUUCCAGUGGCGGUUCCCAGGAAAGCCGAUUGGCCUUCCUGCGGGAGCAUCCGACGUUCCUCGAGAUGAAACGGCUCCUCCAGGACGAUCCCAGCCUGUUGCCGCAUUUACUGCAGAAAAUCCAAUCGAGCAAUCCGGAUCUGAUGCGCAUUAUCUCCGAGAACCAGGUGGAAUUUUUGGCCCUGAUAAACGAGGGCACCGACGAGCCAACGGGCCGGAUGGGUGUCCCCCGGGAGCUGGAAACGACGGCCGCCGCCAUGGUGGACAGUCUCACCCAGUCCGACAUGGAUGCGAUCGAUCGGCUGAAGGCGCUCGGCUUUCCGGAACAUCUGGUUAUCCAGGCGUACAUAGCCUGCGAACGGAACGAGUACCAGGCGGCGGAAUUUCUCGUCUCGCAGACCUUGGACGAUGAUGAGUAAGCAAAACACAAUUUUUCGACUCUUUGCCUCUUUCCAUCUAUUAAGCGAACAGAAGUAAGUUUGGUUUCGAUUUGUUGAAAAAAAAAAGUCUUUGUCACACUUUGUGAUUGAUUCAGCUCCAAGUUUCUCCGCUAUCCGGCCCUAUUUUCCUUUUUAUCGUUGGUUGAUAGUAGAGGUUACGCGUUUCGGGUUUCUCGCCAAAUAGGACCAUUAUUUCCAAGUAGCCGCUGCUGCUCGAAACUAUGGCGACGGAAAGAGUGUCUUCUUAUUUUCCAUUAUCCUUUAAUUAUUCCUUUCUUUUUGUUAAACACAGUUUGCAUUACACAACUCAGCGGUUUUCAGCUUAAUUGUACUUUUUGAGAUGAUAAUGAUGAUCGAUUAGCUCUGCUACUAUAAAUUGCUAAAAAAAAAGGAAAACAAACAACUAAACUAAACAUUAAAGCACUAUCUACGAUUAUAAAAAAAAAAAUGAAAAAUUAUCCAUUCUUGAAAUUUUGCCCGAAUAAAAUUUAAGGAUUAUUGUA